AUGUCACUAGCAAUGUUUCUUGUGUUUGUAAUCAUGGCAAUACCAUUGAGCAUAGCAGCAAUGGACCCAAUUGCAGCCACUGGGAAAGACCCCAUCAUUGAGUUGUACAUGCAUGACAUUAUUGGGGGAAGUAACCCAACAGCAAGACCAGUAACAGGCUUGCUAGGUAGCAUAUACAGUGGUCAAUUACCCUUUGCAACACCAAUUGGAUUCAAAACCCCACAAGGUGGAAUUCCCAUCCCCAAUGCCAAUGGUGCUAUUCCCACAGUCAAUGGAGUCACCGGUAUUCCACUAGGAACUGGCUUGGCUGGUACUACCUUUGCACCAAAUAACAAUAACCAAAACAAUGUACAGUUACAGUUAGGACCUGAUGGGUUGGGAAUUGGGUUUGGAACAAUCACUGUUAUUGAUGAUGUUUUGACAUCUCAACCUGAGUUGGGGUCACAAAUAGUUGGAAAAGCUCAAGGGGUGUAUGUGGCAAGUUCAGCAGAUGGGACUAGACAGAUGAUGGCAUUUACGGCUCUUUUUGAAGGAGGGGAAUAUGGUGAUAGCUUGAACUUUUAUGGCCUGUAUAAGAUAGGAAGCACUAUGUCACAAUUGUCUGUGAUAGGGGGUACAGGGAAGUUCAAGAAUGCAAGGGGGUUUGCUGAGUUGAGACCCCUUAUCCCACCUGGACAAGUUGCCACUGAUGGUGCUGAGACACUGCUGAGGAUCACUGUCCAUUUGAACUACUAA